AGCUGGGAAAUGGUCAGCUAAGUUCAUCGGAUGGUCAGUAAAUGGGAACUGUAGAUUAUCUGUUGGUUUUCCACUACAAGCAAUACCACUCACAUUACACGUAGUCAGCUGAUCAGUUGUGGAUCAUCGCAAACUUGACAACAUAAACUUAAAUGCUACACUAAAUGGAUCCCUUUGGAUUUCCUGUGGAAAUGUUUUCAUGACAUUAGCUGACAGGAAGUAAGACAUGGACCCAAGCUGUUGCCUAGCAAGGCAAUCCCAGUGAAACGGUCCAUAUAAAUGUUGAUUAUAGCAGCUACAGAAAGGCAGGGGCAUAGUGUGGGGUGGCCUCUGGGGCUCCAGUCCCAAAUGUUUUCUAUAAAGCCCUGAAUCUUUUUGGUUUUUAAAAUACCUUCAACUUUGUGUCAUUCAGAUAAUAAUAUAAUUUCAUGUUGUUUUUUUCUACCAUACUGUUCACUAAAGAAAUCUAAAAUAAUUGAGUAAAUGUUCUUAUGUUUUGAAGACCAUGCUUGGUUUUGUUCUGCAUCCUUGAUUUGCAGUUAGAGCAGUCAAGAUUAUUAUGGCAUAGAUAGAUUUGUCAGCUAAACAUUUAUUUUCUGACAUUUACUCCAGCAGAGUAUAAUGGCAGCUGGUUUUAGAACGUAAAGCUCGUCACCUGUUUCAAUAGCCAAUCAGCUUGUAGUGAAGUCCAAUAGUCAAGUCAAAAUGACCACCGACGGCUGUUUGCUUGCUGCAGCAGGUGCUCUGUCCCCGCCAAGCCCUCUGUUUCCGUCCUCGUGGUGUGCCGGUGUGGGACAGUGCUGCUGCUGUUCGCUGUAUGUGCUUAUACCCUCCCACACACACAUUCUCAUUGACUAACAAAUAGGCGAUGGUUAUUUAUAUUACUGUGGCGUAUUUAUUAUGAUUAUAGUCCAUCUGAUGCGUGUUCUUGUCGCCAUUUUAUCACUAAACACAACCAUAGCCAGUAUCUCACUAUCACUAUCCUUAUUCAUAUUUUAAGAGGCUACAAAUUAUAUUCAGCCACAAAAUAAGCCCAAAAAGCUGGAAAUCAGAACAAAAGUACAGAGAGUUGUUGCAUAGAGAUGAUACACCAUCUCAUCUAGUUGCAAUGGUGUGAACCAGCAGGUUUUUAGAGCGUUGCAGAAUGGCACAUUGCAAGUAGUUGCCUGUUUCAACUCGUCUCAUCGCAAAUAUUUGGUCUGAACUGGGCUUUAGAUAUGAAAAAGGAAGGUGGAAGGUGGACUAUUGCAGGCAAAUUUUCUGUAAGUUAGUAAGUAAGGCUAUUGAUAACUUACUCUGAAUGCUACUUGAUCACUUUAUGAUCACAUCACUAUUACACACAAUCAUUUCCACCUCAAUUGUUUUUGAGGUUGCUUCAAUUUAGGAAAAAAUGCUGGAUAUCCUAAAUACUGGCAUUUUAACCCCCUUCACAAAUUUUUUGAAUUGAUUAAUAUUCUACAGGCCAGAUGGGGCUCUUAAGCAGGCUGUAUGUGGCCCACUGGUGCCAGUUUAUGAUCGCUGCUCCACAGGAUGAUUUCUUUCCUUGGCAAAUACCAUGUUUUUCUCCAGCGAUGUACAGAUUUUUAUGCAUUCUAUUAUCUUAAAUAGCUUGAGAAAUAGUGCAUAUAGCUGCUGUAAAUUGGAAAAUGCCUUGGCACCCCCCUCCCCCCUUAGGUUUGUUACUGAGUCUGUUUACUGAGUGCUGAAUGUUUACAACAGCAGAAAAGUACUUAAUAUUUUACACAAAGUUUGCAAUAACUGUAAAGGGGUGUGAUUGCUGAUUUCUAACUCGUCGGAUUCUCAGGUCACAUCCGUCAAGUGUUACUCACAGGUUUUACCAUCACUUCAUUAAUUAGUACUUUCUCAGUUGUUUGUGACGUGUCCCAUCAAAAUAAUGAGACAACAUUCAUUAUUAACGAUAAUUCAUCUUCGCAUCUAUAAUUCAUGGAGGGAGGCAGAGGGAGGGUCAGAGUUUGGUGACCUAAAACUUCAUUACGUGUCUCAAGGUAAAUAUGAAGACAACUUUCCUCUCCCUGGUGUGGGUUUCUGGCGGGUCAGUCCCAUCACGGAGGCUCGUGACAAUGAUGACGGAGGUGGUGAUGAGGAUGGUGACGUACAAAGAUGUGUUUGUGUGUUUAUGUGUGUGUGUGUGUGUGUGUGCUGUGAAAAUUAGCAUUAACCUGUGUGUGCACAGGUUUAAGAGUGCACGUUAAGGUACAGCUGAGUGUGCGUAUGGCAUAUAUAUAAGACCCUCUUGGACUUCCCGACACCCCCAUACACCCCUCCUCCCCCCCUCGUCCUCCUCAUUCUGUGUAAAUGAAAAUGCAAGGCUAUAUUUGGACAGAGCUGAUGUCACAAGUGGUUUGAGCAACGAGCCUAUAACUGUUGGAGUCUGUUUGUGUGACAGUCUGACAAACCCUGGGCUGCUCCAGUGACGGACUGGGAUCUGCUGGCUACUGGCUGAAACAACAGAAAGUAAUCACCCUACACUAUGUAUCACCUGAGGGUGCCUGUGCUUCUCCUCAUGCUGCUUGUGCUGCUGCGCUGCGUCACCGCUGCCCCAAGCUACAGGUACUUCAGUCCCAGCUCAUCUGGCGAGCAGGAAAGUGCUCUCCCAGACGGUGACGGCUGGUUAGCUCCUGGGCUAAUCUCCAACCCGUUCCUCAGCCUCAUGGGUACACGGCCGGAGAGGGGGCUCACAGCUAUGAACAGUCACCAUGUGGAGAAGAGGAAAUGCAACACAGCCACCUGCGUCACCCAGAGGCUAGCAGACUUCCUGGUGCGCUCCAGCAACACUAUCGGUACUGUGUACGCGCCGACCAACGUGGGAUCUUCCACCUACGGCAAGAGGGACCUACUUCAGCCUCGCAGCUACCUGCCUCUCUAGUACCGACUGAGGAACCUCCACCAGCACUCCCAGUGCUCCAAUGAUAUAACCAGACAUCUUAUGUAACAAUGAUUGUGACAAUGACGUUACUAACGAUGACACUGAUAGUGAUGAUGAUGAUUAUGAAGAGUUUUCUUGUUUAUUUUAUAAACUUUUAAGAAAACAGUGCCUUUAAUUUAAACCAUCAGAGUCCUUUUUUUUUUCUUUUCUUUUUUUUUGUAUUUGUGUGUGUUGUGACUCUGUUAAUGCUGUUCCACAAUGGCAUGAUGUGAAUAUAACAAUACAUCAGAGUAAAUAAUAAAAAAAAAGAAGAA